AGUAACACUUGCUGGUGUCUUCCCAUGGUUCCAAGUUGCUAAUGCACAUUCAAUAAUUGUUGAUCUUCAAUGGACCAAAGUCUGCGCCAAUGUGACUUACUUGAUGUCUGGGGCAUUGUCUGCGCAUGCACUUAUCAGACAAAUCUCUACGUUCUCAGCUCCUGUGGUUGCUUCAAUUGUUGUCUUGGAAUAUCCUGCCAACAAUUAUACUGAGGCGCUUGUCAAUAAGCCUAAGGUGUUCUCAGCAGUAACAGCUCAUGCAGUACCGGUUAAUAUGUCCAUUACUGCAAGCCAUCUUUGUGGCCUCGCAAGUCUCGGACCAAGGAAGCAGAGUGAUCUUGAUGAAGUAAAAUUUGCUUAUCCUUAUGAAUGA